GGUUUGGGUAAGACGCUGCAGACGAUCUCUCUGCUGGGGUACAUGAAGCACUACAGGAGCAUCCCCGGGCCCCACAUGGUGCUGGUGCCCAAGUCCACCCUGUACAACUGGAUGAACGAGUUCAAACGUUGGGUCCCCUCCCUCAAAGCAGUCUGCCUCAUCGGAGACCGAGAGCAGAGGAAUGCCCUGAUCAGAGAUGUGCUGCUGCCAGGGGAGUGGGAUGUGUGUGUCAUCUACGAGAUGCUCAUCAUAGAGAAGGCCGUGUUCAAGAAGUUUAACUGGAGGUACCUGGUCAUCGACGAGGCCCACAGGAUCAAGAACGAGAAGUCAAAGCUGUCAGAGAUAGUGCGUGAAUUCAAGACCACCAACCGUCUGCUGCUUACCGGCACCCCGCUGCAGAACAACCUCCACGAGCUCUGGGCCCUGCUCAACUUCCUGCUGCCAGACGUCUUCAACUCCUCAGAGGACUUUGACUCAUGGUUUGACACCAACAACUGCCUGGGGGAUCAGAAGUUGGUGGAACGUCUUCACACUGUACUGCGUCCUUUCCUGCUGCGCCGUAUCAAGAAUGAGGUGGAGAAGUCUCUGCUGCCUAAGAAAGAGAUCAAGAUGUACGUGGGGCUGAGUAAGAUGCAGAGAGAAUGGUACACCAAGAUCCUGAUGAAGGACAUAGACAUCCUGAACUCUGCAGAGAUGGACAAGAUGCGCCUGCUCAACGCCUUGAUGCAGCUGAGGAAGUGCUGCAACCACCCGUACCUGUUUGAUGGGGCCGAGCCCGGCCCGCCUUACACCACCGACCUGCACCUGGCCGUCAAUAGCGGCAAGAUGGCCGUCCUUGACAAGCUGCUGCCCAAGAUGAAGGCUCAGGGCUCCCGUGUGCUGAUCUUCAGCCAGAUGACCAGGAUGCUGGACAUCUUGGAGGAUUACUGCAUGUGGCGCAUCGGCUACUGUCGCCUGGACGGACAGACGCCCCACGAGGAGAGACAGAUCUCCAUCAACGCGUACAAUGAGGAGGACAGCCCUAAAUUCAUCUUCAUGUUGAGCACCAGGGCCGGAGGGCUGGGUAUUAACCUGGCCACAGCUGACGUGGUCAUCCUCUACGACUCAGACUGGAACCCUCAGGUCGACCUACAGGCCAUGGACCGAGCUCACAGGAUUGGUCAAAAGAAGCAGGUGCGCGUGUUCCGUUUCAUCACGGAAAACACAGUAGAGGAGAGGAUCGUGGAGCGAGCCGAGAUGAAGCUCCAACUGGACUCCAUUGUCAUCCAGCAAGGAAGGCUAGUGGAUCCCAACGCCAACAAGCUGGGGAAGGACGAGAUGCUGUCUAUCAUCCGGCACGGCGCCACGCACGUCUUCGCCUCCAAGGAGAGCGACAUCACCGACGAUGACAUCGACGAGAUCCUGGAGCGAGGCGAGAAGAAGACCAUGGAGUUGAAGGAGAAGAUGAACACCAUGGGCGAGAGCUCCCUGAGGAACUUCACCAUGGAGUCCGACAACAGUGUGUACACCUUCGAAGGAGAGGACUACAGAGAGAAGAAGAAGGUAGUCACCAACUGGAUCGAGCCACCCAAGAGAGAGAGGAAGGCCAACUACGCAGUGGAUGCCUACUUCAGAGAGGCCCUGCGUGUCAGCGAGCCUAAAGCACCCAAGGCUCCUCGUCCACCUAAGCAGCCCAAUGUGCAGGACUUCCAGUUCUUCCCCCCAAGGCUGUUUGAACUGCUGGAGAAAGAGAUCCUAUUCUACAGGAAGACUAUCGGCUACAAGGUUCCUCGUAACCCAGAACUGCCCAACUCUGCUCAGCACCAGAAGGAGGAGCAGGCCAAGAUUGACGAGGCCGAGGGCCUAUCAGAGGAGGAGCUGGAGGAGAAGGAGAACCUCCUCUCGCAGGGCUUCACCAUCUGGAAUAAGCGUGACUUUAACCAGUUCAUCAAAGCCAAUGAGAAGUGGGGGAGAGACGACAUCGAGAACAUCGCCAGAGAGGUGGAGGGCAAAACCCCAGAGGAAGUCAUGGAAUAUUCCGCUGUGUUCUGGGAGCGCUGCAACGAGCUGCAGGACAUUGAGAAGAUCAUGGCUCAGAUCGAGAGAGGAGAGGCCCGCAUCCAGAGGAGGAUCAGCAUCAAGAAAGCACUGGACACAAAGGUAAGCCAUUUCA